AUGAGUGCUUCUCAGAUGAUACUAUUUGGGUCAUUUACAGAAGAAGAAACCAGGGCAUGGCUGAAGUUAUCUGAAGCACAAGCUAGUUCUAAGAAUUCCAGGCUAAAACGAGUUGUUAGUGAGUUAGUAUUUGGCAGUUUCAAAGGGCCACUUGGUUCUCCUCAGCCCUCCAAUAUUACUAAUACCAUCAUAAACUGUACAACUUUGAAAGAAAACGGACUCAUUCCUAAUCUGGUCCAUUGCCCUCUCAGCAAUGGCAAGAAAGGACCAAAAGGAAUAGUUGGCCUUGAUUCUACUUCUUCACACAUCCGAUAA